AUGCAGGAACUUGUUCCAAAAAUUUUAUCCAAGGCAGCUGUGAUUUCCGAUAGAUUAGAUUCUGGCAUCAAGGCACUCUACACUUCACAUCUUAAUAUGGUUUUCACAGUCUGUGAGUUGCGCAACUUUCUGGCUGAGUUUGUCGUGUGCAUGCUUGUCGGCAGCCAAUUAUCUUUUGCUCGAGUUCUUCACGGAAAACAAAAAAAAAUCUUUCAAUAG